CUUUGAACGUCAUUAACAUGAUGAAUAAAUUAUUAUAAAUUUUAGCAAAUGGUUUUUUGUUUCAAGGACAGGUCAGAAUGAAACCUUGGUUACUUGUGAUCCUCUUCCUAGUCUCCGGAACACGUUGUAUUCAAGGCGCCUCCCUGGAUGAGAAGUGUCAGGAUGACAGCGAAUGUGCAGUUCCAAACACAGCGUGCAAGACAGACCAUUGUUUGGGAUCCACCUGUCAGUGUAACAUGGGAUACAGGCUGAACGCUCAUACAAGGCAAUGUGACAAAGUAGUUUGCAGUAGUACAACAUUUAAUCCACCCUCGACUUCGACAAGCAAAUCAGCGUCAUCCACCACGUCCACACGGUCUACGUUGUCAUCGGCUUCCACAGUUCACCCCAGCACUACAGCCGGUGGGACAACAACAACAGUACCUCCUGUACUGAUUGGUCAAAAAUGUACAAAUGUUACAAAAUGCGCUGAUCCUCGAGCUUUGUGUCGACCACAUCGAUGUGACGGAAUGGUUUGUCAGUGUGAUGUCGGAUACAUAACCAAUGCUCGGCUGAACAUUUGUGAGAAAGCCAGUCUCAUCAGAGAACCUUGCAACAAAACCACAGAUUGUCUGCCAAGGCACUCCGUGUGUAACUCGAAGAACGUGUGCGAGUGCGACAACAAUUUCAGAGCCACAUCAGACAAUUUUUGGUGCAUUGGGACCGGUUACAAAGCACUCGGCGACAUUUGUACCACAGGCGAUAAGUGUGGGAUAGGAGCGGACUGUAAAUCCAGCAAAUGCGCAUGCGUCAAAUGGCACGCCCCUUGGGGCAAAGAAGAGAAGUGGUUCGGAAUUCCGGUGUCAAGGUUCAGUCAGUGUGAAAACACUAAUGCUACUCUGAACGAAUGUAACGGAACAACAUUUUGCUCCACAAAGCCCGUGAUGUCAAGCAGAGCAGGACUUCAUACUUCAGUGCACACUCGCCGGCGAUCCGACAAAAUUGAAUGAGAAUAUAAAGCUACGAGUGAAUAAACUUGUAAAUUAACUCCCUUCUUGCUGUACUAUUUUCCAUACUGUACAAAUUAAAAUACUGUACUAAAUUAAGGUGCAAAUUAUGGCAUGAAUAAAUUAAGAAUUCAAGUAGA